AUGUCGUCGGUGAAAGUCGCCGUACGCGUUCGACCGUUUAAUCAAAGGGAGAUCGCUAACGGUUCACGAUGUAUUAUCGGGAUGAAUGGCACUACAACCACUAUAAGUGGUUCAACUCCUGACAAGUGCCAUUCGUUCAAUUUUGAUCAUUCCUACUGGUCCUAUUCCCGAGAUGACGCUCAUUUCGCCAGUCAAACACAGGUUUAUGAGGACCUUGGAGUGGAAAUGCUCGAGCAUGCAUUUGAAGGGUAUAACGUGUGUAUUUUUGCUUACGGGCAAACGGGUAGUGGUAAAUCCUACACGAUGAUGGGAAAACCGGGUGACGAGAAAGAGAUGGGCAUUAUUCCACGAUUAUGUAAUCAUUUGUUUGCUCGGGUUGCGGGGAACGAGGACAAGAAUGUACAAUACUCAGUAGAGGUAUCUUACAUGGAAAUCUAUUGCGAACGAGUCAAAGAUUUGCUGAAUCCGAAUAGUGGAGGGAAUCUCCGAGUACGUGAACAUCCUCUCCUAGGACCCUAUGUGGAUGAUCUAACUAAGAUGGCUGUCUGCUCUUAUCAAGACAUUUGUCAUCUGAUGGACGAAGGAAAUAAGGCUAGAACAGUGGCAGCGACAAAUAUGAAUUCAACAUCAUCACGUUCUCAUGCUGUAUUCACUAUCGUUUUGACACAGAAGAGACAUUGCCCUGACGCGAACCUCGACACCGAGAAGGUGUCAAAAAUCUCACUUGUCGAUCUGGCCGGAAGUGAAAGAGCCACAUCCACUGGGGCCGAAGGACAACGACUAAAGGAAGGAGCUAACAUUAACAAAAGCUUGACCACGCUCGGUUUGGUCAUCAGUAAACUAGCCGAAGAGGCCGGAAAGAAGGGGAAACGCGGAAAAGGUGUAAUACCGUAUCGAGACUCGGUGUUGACAUGGCUUCUCCGAGAGAAUCUAGGCGGGAAUUCGAAGACCGCUAUGAUCGCUGCCCUUUCGCCAGCUGACAUCAAUUUUGACGAAACUUUGAGCACAUUACGCUACGCUGACCGUGCUAAACAAAUCGUCUGUCAGGCGGUUGUCAACGAGGAUCCGAAUGCGAAACUUAUCCGGGAACUUAAGGAAGAGGUCAACAAACUUCGCGGAAUUCUGGAAGAGAAGGGUAUCGACAUCACGGCGGAUGCUCUCAAAACAUCUCAAAGCGGUCGUCCACGACAAUUAUACUCUGCUCGUGACCACGACACCAUAGAACAACUGAAGGCAUCAGAAAAACUCAUUGCUGAGCUUCACGAGACUUGGGAAGAGAAACUACGGAAGACCGAAGAAAUUCGCAGGCAACGUGAGGAAGAACUUCGGGAAAUGGGUCUCGCAACGGCCGAGGACGGCAGUACACUCGGAGUAUUUAGUCCGAAGAAAUUACCACAUCUUGUCAAUCUUAACGAGGAUCCUCUUAUGUCUGAAUGUCUACUCUACUACCUUAAAGAAGGUGUCACAAGUGUCGGUCGCCCGGAAGCAGCAAAACGUCCCGAUAUUCUACUAUCCGGCCAAGCAAUUCUGGAGCAUCAUUGCGAUUUCAUCAAUGAUGACGGUUCCGUGAGCCUCGACCCGCAAAAGGAUGCUCAAUGUUUCGUGAAUGGUCGUCCAAUCACCUGUACAACAGUUCUGCAUACGGGCUCACGAGUGAUCCUUGGGAAAUAUCACGUGUUCCGCUACAAUGAUCCUCAGGAAGCACGGCAGAGUAGGCACAAUCUGUCUUCAUUGACUGAGCAACCACUGGACUGGAAAUAUGCACAGCAAGAACUGCUCGAGAAGCAAGGAAUCGAUCUAAAGGCGGAGAUGGAGAAGAAAUUGUUGGAAAUGGAGAGCCAAUACAGACGCGAACGCGAAGAACUCGAAUUAAAAAUGCUUCGUCAGACAAAGGAAUAUGAAACACGCAUUGAAAGUCUACAGCGACAAGUUGAUCUUGCGCAAUCGAUGAUUAGCUCAUGCGGUUCCGGAUGGGAAGGGGAGCGAUUUCUUACAAGCUCUCUCAUGGAAUUUGCUGAAGAAUGCAAAUGGACAACUGAUCAGGAGAAGGUUGCUCGAAAAGCUGCAAUUAAAUGGAGAUAUCAUCAGUUCACCUCGGUUCGAGAUGACUUGUGGGGGAACGCGAUCUUUGUGAAGGAAGCGAAUGCGAUAUCAGUUGAGUUGAAGAAGAAGGUUCAAUUCCAGUUCGUGCUCCUUACCGAUACCAUGUACAGCCCAUUGCCUCCCGAUCUUCUUCCUCCUGGAGAAGAUUUGACACUACGACCGUAUCCGAAGACGGUUGUCGCUAUUCAAGUACAGGAUCUUAAGAAUGGAGCCACCCAUUACUGGAGUAUAGAGAAGUUAAAGCAGCGUUUGGAAGAUAUGCGUUGUUUCUACAACGCCGAGCUGUCCGUGGUCGGCACACCGGCUGACGCCCCGUAUAAAACAGUAGCCGAGGGAUGGUUGGCGAUGCUACAGUUGAAUCCGGCCCGACUCGUGCCCGACAGACAGCGCUUGGAGUCCAUGCGAGAUAUGUAUGGAGCAGAUCAACUCAGCCCUUGCGAUGAUCCAAUGAUGGAAGCACUGAUGGGCACUGAUCCUUUCUACGAUAGAUUCCCAUGGUUCAGGAUGAUUGGCAGAGCCUUCGUAUACCUUAGCAACUUGCUACACAAUGUGCCACUAGUCCAUAAGGUAGCCAUUGUCAACGAAAAAGGAGAAGUCCGAGGUUAUCUCAAAGUUGCCAUCGAGCCGGUCAAUCCGCUGGAAGCAGAUACUCAGAAGAAAGGGGUUCGCCAGACAGCAAAACUACACUUCCGAAAAGAAGAUUUCCUGAAGACAUGCAGAAAUGGCGAGAACGAAGAUGAGAGUCAGAAGUUGACUUUCCCCGCACACAUGAAAGAAGAGGAAGAGUUCUGCUUCCGUGUGGUGGUAAUGCAAGCUAUUGCCGUCUCCGAGCAGUAUUCAGACGUCUUUUGCCAGUUCAAUUUCCUUCACCGUCAUGAUGAAGCUUUUUCAACCGAACCAUUGAAGAAUUCUGGCCGUACUCCGCUAUCGUUCUCGCAUUCGCAGAACCUUCACAUCAAAAUGAGCCGUACAUUCCUUCACUAUCUCCACCAUUUUCCUAUCAUUUUCGAGGCAUUCGGUCAUUUCCAGCAAAAGCCCGAAGGAUUCCAGUUUGAACGACAACAUAGCGCUCUAGGACGUCGCAUGUCUACAAAACUCACCUUCCAACAACCGUCGUUGGUCAUCUCCACUCCGGUUAAAAGCAAAAAGGCGAAUGCUCCGGUGCAGAACAAUCCCACUCAAAUUCGCUCAAAGACAGACAUGCUCGUAUGGUUUGAGAUUUGUGAGCUAGCAGGAAGCGGUGAAUACGUUCCUGCAGUAGUCGAUCACGCCCAAGGUUUACCGACACAUGGAGUGUUCUUAUUACAUCAAGGGAUCCAGAGAAGGAUAAAAAUUACAAUUUGUCAUGAGAAGGGUGAACUAAAAUGGAAAGAUUGCCAGGAGUUGGUUGUUGGUCGCAUCCGGAGCGGACCGGAAUGGCACGGCGGGGAAGAUAUAGAUGUACUGUCUCUCGGUUUAUUCCCUGGCACUUUCUUAGAAUUCAGCAUGGAUGAAAGAACCUUCUUCCAAUUUGAAGCCGCCUGGGACAGUUCACUGCAUAAUUCUCCACUUUUGAACCGAGUAUCGAACUACGGUGAUCAGAUCUACAUGACUUUGUCGGCCUACAUGGAACUUGAGGGAUGUGCUCAACCUGCGGUAAUCACAAAGGAUAUCUGCGUUCUCAUUUAUGCCAGAGAUUCCAAAAUCUCUGCAGCUAGCAGGUUUUGUCGAUCGUUGAUUGGCGGCAUCUCGAAAUCUCCUGAGAUGAAUCGGAUUCCAGGAGUGUAUCAGUUGUGCCUUAAAGACGCAAACGACUCAGGUAGUCCCGGAUCUGUACGACGCCAGCGUCGUGUGCUCGAUACCUCCUCAGCGUAUGUUCGUGGUGAGGAAAAUCUCGGACAGUGGCGUCCUCGAGGUGAUUCACUGAUCUUCGAGCAUCAAUGGGAACUGGAAAAGUUGACAAGGCUGCAGCAGGUAGAACGAGUUCGUCUUUUCCUACGUCUUCGUGAAAAACUAAAAGGAAAAAGGAAAGCCGGUGAAAUUAAGACCCCUGUAUCACCGUGCGCUCCCGUCAGACCCAUUCCAGAAACUGUUGCUCUGGAUGAAAAAGAAAAAGGCAUUGUUAGCAAAGUUGUUCGUCUGAUAACUCAACGAAUCCCGGUUAACAAGGAUCCUCCAACUGGGAACAAAGCACAGGAGCUUAGCGAUGAAAGCAGUAGCAACAGUGUCACAUCACCGACGUCAGACAAAUCCAUGGUCAAGUCAUCCCCGUCAUUGGAUCAAUUAUGCCGCCAAAAGUCAAAAUCGGAUCAAAAUCUCAGCUGUACGGAUGAUGUUCUCGAUCAAAUUGCAAUGAAACGAAGUCUAAGCGGUAGUCGUCUGAAUCAACUUCACUUCCUUGUACCAGAAGUGACAGAGGAACGUGUUGGUGUUGUUGUAUCACGCAAAGGAUACAUGAAUUUCCUUGAAGAGAAGACUCAAGGAUGGACAAGGCGAUGGGUGGUUGUACGAAGGCCGUACAUACUGCUAUUCCGAGAUGAAAAGGAUCUAGUUAUUCGUGGAAUAAUAAACCUUGCAAAUGCACGUGUGGAGUAUUCGGAAGAUCAACAGGCUAUGCUGAAAGUCCCGAACACAUUUUCCGUAUGUACGAACCAUCGGGGAUUCCUUAUGCAGAUCAUGCCAGGUGAUGAGAUGUACGACUGGUUGUAUGCAAUUAAUCCUCUCCUAGCAGGGCAAAUGAAAGUGAAAGCGUCAACAAAUGGAUUACUAAAAUCAGGCGUCUAA